AUGCCUAAGGCAAGCGCAAAAUCCAGCUCCAAGGCUAAGGGCCGUGGCACAGAGAAGAAGAAGAAGGACCCCAAUGCCCCAAAGCGUGGUCUCUCGGCCUACAUGUUCUUCGCCAAUGAGCAGCGUGAGACUGUUCGCGAAGAGAACCCCGGCAUCAGCUUUGGCCAAGUCGGCAAGGUGCUCGGUGACAAGUGGAAAGCUCUGAGCGACAAGCAGCGUGAGCCAUACGAGAAGAAGGCUGCGACUGACAAGAAGCGCUACGAAGACGAGAAGGCCAAAUACAACGCUGCGGACGAUGAUGACGAUGACGAGUAA